UCACUACUUCCUCAAGGAGCUGAGAACAGGAAGCCCAGCCUCCCUGCCGGGCCCCACUGCUCCCCAAGACGCAACCACUGAGUAGCUGGCAAGGAGCAGGCAAAACCCUACCCGACACUGCCGAGGCCUCUGGGGACCAAGUGGACAUGCAGGACCGGUGCCUGCUGUUCGCCCUCCUGGGGCUGCUCUGCCUUGGGUCUGCCCUUUCUCAGGAAUGCACGAAGUAUAAGGUCAGCACCUGCCGAGACUGUGUCCAGUCAGGACCUGGCUGCGCCUGGUGCCAGAAACCGAACUUCACAGGGCUGGGAGAGCCCGACUCUGCUCGCUGUGACACCCGGGAGCAGCUGGUGAAGAAGGGCUGUGCACCUGACGACAUCAUGAAUCCCAGCAGCCUUGCUAAACCCCAAGAGGACCAAAGGGGUGGCCAGAAGCAGCUGUUCCCACAAAAGGUCAAGUUGUUCUUGAGACCAGGCCAGGCGGCUAAGUUCAAUGUGACCUUCCAGCGGGCCAAGGGCUACCCCGUCGACCUAUACUACCUCAUGGACCUGUCCUACUCCAUGCUGGAUGACCUCAUCAAUGUCAAGAAGCUGGGUGGUGACCUGUUGCGGGCUCUCAAUGAGAUCACUGAGUCUGGCCGCAUUGGCUUUGGAUCCUUUGUGGACAAGACGGUGCUACCCUUUGUGAACACGCACCCUGAGAAACUGCGGAACCCCUGCCCUAACAAGGAAAAAGAGUGCCAGCCACCCUUUGCCUUCCGGCAUGUGCUCAAGCUCACAGACAACUCCAACCAGUUUCGCACUGAAGUUGGAAAGCAGUUGAUUUCUGGGAACCUGGAUGCCCCGGAGGGCGGGCUGGAUGCUAUGAUGCAGGUCGCUGUGUGCCCGGAGGAAAUCGGCUGGCGUAACGUCACACGGCUAUUGGUGUUUGCCACAGAUGAUGGCUUCCACUUUGCAGGUGAUGGGAAGCUAGGUGCCAUCCUAACCCCAAAUGAUGGGCGCUGCCACCUGGAGGACAGCAUGUACAAGAAGAGCAAUGAAUUUGACUACCCAUCAGUGGGCCAGCUGGUGCACAAACUGACAGAAAACAACAUCCAGCCCAUCUUUGCGGUGACCAAGAGGAUGGUAAAAACCUAUGAGAAACUAGCUGAGAUCAUCCCUAAGUCGGCUGUGGGGGAGUUGUCUGAGGACUCCAGCAACGUGGUACAGCUCAUCAAGAACGCCUACAACAAACUCUCCUCCAGAGUGGUGCUGAGCCACAGCACCCUGCCCGACAACCUGAAGGUCACCUACGACUCCUUCUGCACUAAUGGAGUGACGCAUAUAGACCAGCCCACAGGGGACUGCGAUGGUGUGCAGAUCAGCAAGUCGGUCACCUUCCAGGUGAAGGUCACGGCUACAGAGUGCAUCCAGGAGCAGUCCUUUGACAUCCGGGCGCUGGGGUUCACAGACACAGUGACCGUGCAGGUCCUGCCCCAGUGUGAGUGCCGCUGCCGAGACCAGCAGCAGAACCAGGGCUUCUGCGGGGGCAAAGGCUCCAUGGAGUGCGGGGUCUGCAGGUGUGAGGCUGGCUAUAUUGGCAAGAGCUGUGAGUGUCAGACUCAGGGCCGAAGCAGCCAGGAGCUGGAGGGCAGCUGCCGGAAAGACAAUGGCUCUGCCGUGUGCUCAGGACUGGGGGACUGUGUCUGCGGGCAGUGUGUGUGUCAUGCCAGUGAUGUCCCCAACAAGGUCAUCUACGGGCGCUACUGUGAGUGUGACAACAUGAACUGUGAGCGCUACGAUGGGCAAGUGUGCGGUGGCCCAGAGAGGGGCCGCUGCGACUGUCACCGGUGCUUCUGUGAGAAGGGCUUCGAGGGCUCAGCAUGCCAGUGCAAGAGCUCCACUGAGGGCUGCCUGAAUGCUCGGCGUGUGGAGUGCAGCGGCCGGGGCCGGUGUCGCUGCAACACAUGCGAGUGUGAUGCGGGCUACCAGCCGCCCCUGUGUGAGGAGUGUCCUGGCUGCCCCUCGCCCUGUGACCGGUACAUCUCCUGUGCCGAGUGCCUGAAAUUCGGCUCAGGCCCUUUUGAGAAGAACUGCAGUGUGGCAUGUGCACAUCUGAAGCUACUGACCUCGAGUGGGACUCGCAAGCCCUGCCGGGAACGGGACUCACAAGGCUGCUGGAUGACCUACACUCUGAGGCAGCAGGAUGGGAGGGACAAGUAUGAGAUUCAUGUAGAGGAGGACCGAGAGUGUGUGGAGGGCCCCAACAUCGGCACCAUCGUGGGGGGCACCGUAGCAGGCAUCGUGCUCAUUGGUGUCCUCCUCCUGGUCAUCUGGAAAGCCCUGACUCACUUGAGUGACCUCCGGGAGUACAGGCGCUUUGAGAAGGAGAGGAGCAAGUCCCAGUGGAACAAUGAUAACCCCUUGUUUAAAAGCGCUACUACCACCGUCAUGAACCCCAAGUUUGCUGACAGCUAGGAGCGUCUGGCAAAAAUGAGGCCAUCAUCAUGACCUGAUGGGACCCUCCUCAGUGCAACUCCUCACCCCACUGCCAGGACAUGACUUAAGACUCUCCACAGUGUCACCGAUGAACCUUAGCCCUCUGUGUUUCUCCCAUCCCCAGCAUGAUAGAUGUGGGCAGGUGAUUUGUGAACUUGUCUUCAACCUCCCUUCUCAUCUAUCCAGUCAUAUGAGGGAUAUAAGCAGAGAACUCUCCCCAAGUUUCAUGAGGCUGAACCAUGUUCCUGUGUUAAAACUUAGGAUGGCAGCCUGAUUAAAGGGGGUACAAAUUUAUUUAUAUUAAAACUUGCCAGGCUACCAAACUAUAUCCUCCUGAUUAUUCUGUUAACCAGUCAUGUGAAUAGAAAACAAAUAAUAAAACCUC